UUGGAAUACGGCCAGCCGUUUUUACAUGUACAUGUUUAAGUCCAUUUCAAUUUUGUUCGUUAAACAUGUUAAGCCAGGUUAACCACGUCAAGUGGUAGACAUGCAUGAUGCAGUGAGGAAACGGGUCAAGUCGUCCCCCAAAAUUGAAACCCUGGUCAAGUCGUCCCGGGUCAAAUUGUCCCCAAGUCAAAUCGUCCCCGUUGGAACACCACCGCCGGUCUUCCCUUGCGACAUCUGCGGCCGGUCCUUCAUUGAACAGACCUUACAGCGACAUAUCAAGAUCUGUGAGAAGAAUGCUGUCAAGCAGAGGAAACCUUUUGACUCCUUCAAACAGCGUGCGGCGGGCACGGACAUCAAGACUGCGCCCAAGGCUGAUCCCAAAAAACUUGAGAAGGCGAAAAGAGCGACAGCAAACUGGCGCAACAAGCAUGAAGAACUAGUGUCCACGCUGCGGGCAGCGAGAGGGGUCACUCAUGCAAUGAAGACAGGGGCACCCCUACCCCCACCUCCCUCACAGUCAAAGGUCAACCCAGAUUACGUGCAAUGUCCAACAUGCCAGAGAAACUUCAAUGAAUCUGCAGCAGAGAGGCACAUACCAUGGUGUAAAGAAAAGAAUAAACGGAUAGGAACUACCAGCAACAAAACAGCAGCUGAAAAGGAGAAAAUGGCCAUAAGGACACAGUACAAACCGCCUUUGCCAGGGAGCAAGAAGCGACAGAUUGUCCCUCCAAAGGCCGGCCCAGCCUUGAGGACAGGGCGGACGGGCUCCGGAUCCAACAUGCAACAUUUGGAGGACCAGUACAGUAACAUGAGCGUGAAUGAGAAAACCUCAUCUGGCCGAGGGAGAACGAAACCAGGUCAGUCAGGUGGGUAUGGGACGGUCAACGGAUCCAAAGCCCGGAGCGCAAGUCUUGAACGGCGGUUAGAGAAGUCGUCUGAUAACUACCGCAGUUCCAGCGGCGACAGCGUGCGUGGGAAGAGAUACACCGAUGACGAGGAUGAGUAUGAUUACAAUGGCUACGGUGAUGCGGCUGACCGCUACGGUCGUCGGAAAGCAGGGUCGAAUCACAUAUUGCCUCACCAACGAGUGAAAGCAGCCAAAGUGCAGAGAUCAACAAAUUCGAGGACCCCUACUCCGCCCUCCAAGUACUCCUCAGGAUCCAUCCAGCGUAAGCCUAGCCUAGAGAACGUCAACGGCCGCCGGGCCUCCAAGUUUUGCCAUGAGUGUGGCACUCAGUACCCCGUUGCCCAGGCUAAGUUCUGCUGUGAGUGCGGCACCAGGCGGGCCUUUCUGGAUUGAAGUAGUCAAAUCAGUGAUGGUUCCUGUGACUUGCCAGGCUAUUUAGUAGAAAGUCUGCAAAACCUAUCGGAAGGUUUGUGAAAACCUCCUUUUCCAGCCUUUGUCCCCUUGACUGAAGUCAGGAACCGACCAUCCAGUCAGAGCAUGUUUCUGCUGUUACAACUCUUGGCUCUGAUCAAGUACUUGAGGACAGAAAGAUUAUACAAGUUUCAGGGAAGGGACAAAUGGCCCCUCUGAUCUGCACUGAAUACACCAGUGGUCAUGCUAAAUGUUUAAGUUUUAUAUACACAUUGGACUUUGUUGACACACAGCUACGUGUACCUGAGUUACAUUUAAAUCCGGUCUUAGUUCCUUUCCAGUAGACCGAGAUCAGAGGGAGAACUUUAAUGUGCCAUGCAGGAGGGGGGCGGGGAUGAUAGAAACUAUGAAUAUUUUUUCUCACAGUGAAUUUUCAAAUGCCUUUACUUUUGAAAGAAUCUUCACCCUUUCCCCUCCAAAGAAAGGUGGUAGCACUGAUUCAAAACUGUUGGUCUUUUCCCUUUUUUAAAUGAGAAAAGCAACAGUUUUGGUUGGUGGGGUCCAUUUCUGAGCAUAAUACAGCAACUGUUAAAUUUAGUUACAAGGCCCAAAAAUAUUGUGCAUUUUCUCAAAUGAUGAAGCAUUCAUAGAGCUAGAAAUUUAUAAGGCUAGUGAUUAUGCACUCAUCUUAAGAUUUGGAAAUUAUUUUGACUGUUUUAAACCAUAAAUAAACACAAACGAGAGUUGGCCCAUUCUUCCUUGAAGACUCACUUUAAAUGAGUGAAGAAAAGAAGCAUGGUUCCUAUUUUUUCGAAGUACUUUAAGUUGUUAAAUCUCCGAAGGGCAUUUAAAUAGAUACACUUCCAUGUUAAUUUGUUGGACACAAUUGUUUUUCUUUGUGAAAUGUGAAAAUUGAUUUCACACUCUGAGUUGAUGUAUAUGAAGCACUGAGGCUGUAAAUUUUUUUCUGUUUAUUUUUAUCAUUCCAAUCCAGUUAUUUUAACAGCCAGUACUGUCUUUGAAUGAAAUAAUGAACCUUGUGAAAUUCAGUGUAUGUUAAACAUAUGUAGUUACUGCAGAAGUUUAACUGUGUAAAUAAAGUCAGCACAGUUCAUGUAGACAUAUAUGCAACAUUUGUUUUUGCAUAAUGCCCCUUUGUAAAUAGCCAUGCAUGUACAUGUAUAUAAGGUUAAUGUAAAUAUUCUGUUGGUAUGCUUGCAUAAAGUUGUUAAAAACUUGUGAAUUAGUUGUAUUGAA